AUGCUACAGUUAUUAUGUCUUUCCGGUAAUAUUCUAAAUUUGCUUAUCUAUCGAUUACCUUACUUUCGAGGUAGCACAUCGGUUCAUUUCCUUAAAGUGAAAGCUUAUGCUAAUUUGGUAUUUGUUGAAUCCAGAAUUUUCGAGGUAAUACAUGCAUGGAAUGUGCAUGCAGAUCCUGCAUUUGAAACGUUUUAUUGGUACACAAAGCCAUACGUGAUUGCAAUGGCUAGCAUAAGCGGUACAAUAUCCACGUGGAUGACAUUAGUGAUAACAAUUGAAACGGUACUCUGUGUAUUAUUACCAUUUCAUUUCCGCCAAAUUUGCACAAAAUUAACAAGUUUGAUAAUACUACUUGGCUUCAUGCUAUGCAGCAUUCUUUUGCAUAUACCAUUUGUAUUCAGUCAAACAGUUAUCAGCAGUCCGAUAUUAAAGGAACUGGAAAGUCGACAUCAUAAUAGGGAACCAUUUUAUGAGUAUAUACAAAAAACAUAUUAUUGGUUGCAAAUAACACUUUCUAUUCUUAUCCCAAAUAUUGCUAUGCUUGCAUGCUCCGUAUUAAUCGUCACGCAAUUUAGUUUUAAGAACCAUGGCGAGUCAUUUAGUCAACGUCGAAAAUGUGUAAUUAGAAUGACCGUUGCGACAACACUAUCACAUCUUAUAUUGGAAGGACCCGCACUGUUAACAUUUGCUGCUGUUGCAAGAAAAGGCGCAGAUAGUUCGGAUCAUGGCAGUAAUAUUUGUAUACUAGCACAUAGCAAUAAUCUGUUAUCAGUAAUUAAUGCUGCAACGCCAUUCUUUGUAUUUCUUGCAUUCAACGAGCAAUUCCGUCGUACGUCAUCGGUAUUCAUACAAGUUCACUUCGUACCCCAACGUUUCAUGAAGAAAGCAUCCGUACCCCCGCAAUUACAAGGUGUUAGUUCAUCCAUGAAACUGAUUAACAACGCCAAUCCAUUCCCAAGCAAUUGUACACAUUUCUAGAA